GGAAGACAUAUAAGGUGGGCUAGUCGCCGAGAAUUCGAUACUUUUUCCUCGGCUCUUGUUGAAGCUGUACCCCACAGAACCGUCUCGACAUGAAGUUCCUCGUCAUUGCUGCUGCCUUGUUGGCGACUGCCACUGGGUCGGAGUGGAAGUGGAAGCAGUACCAGGACGCAAUCAAGCACGUGGCCGCAGCUCAAGACGGGGCCUCCAGCAGAUGGACCCUUCCGGCUGUGGGCUUCAGCAACUUCGGCUGCCAGGUGCAAUACUCCGCUACCGCCCCGACUUCCGUCCACCAGCUCCGCCCCUCUGACAUCAACGUGGUUGCUGCACUGGGAGAUUCCAUCACCGCAGCUAACGGUGCCCUGGCCUCCAACGUCCUCGAGGUUCUGACCGAGUACCGAGGCGCCUCCUGGAGUAUCGGCGGCGAUGGCACUCUGGAGGACACUGUCACCCUUGCAAACAUCAUCAAGAAGUUCAACCCCAACGUGAAGGGAUUCUCCACUGGGACCGGAAAUGUCUUCAGCUCCGGCUCACGGUUCAACAUCGCCUACCCCGGGAAGGAGGCAAUCGAUAUGCCAGGUCAGGCUGAUGACCUGAUCAGCCGUAUGCAAAACUCGGUGGAGGUCGACUACGAGAACGACUGGAAGGUGAUCACCCUGUUUAUUGGCGGGAACGACCUGUGUGCGUACUGCGACGACAAGAACCUCCGCAGCGCCGCCAACUACGCGGGCUUCAUCCGGGAGGCGCUGGACAAGCUGCACGCACAGGUUCCCCGUGCGUAUGUGAACUUGGUGUCGAUGUUGGACAUCGCUGAGCUCAACAAGGGUCAACUCACCUUCACCUGCCGUCUGCUGUCUGCUUUCCUGUGCGACUGUGUGACAUAUGCUGACAACAACGCUCUGGCUGAAAUCCGAGAUGUCAAUGCCCAGUACCAGGACGCCCUGCAUGAACUGGUCAACUCCGGCCGGUACGACACCCGGGACGACUUCACCGUGGUUCUGCAGCCGUUCUUCGAGAACACACCCAUCCCUCUCAGCUCCAGCGGGACUGGAGAGGCAGACCUGAGCUACUUCUCCCCUGACUGCUUCCACUUCAGCGGCAAGGCUCACGCUGAGGCUGCAGAGGCGCUGUGGAAUAACAUGCUGGAGGGAGAGGGACAGAAGUCCACGUCUUGGGUUCUGGGCAGGGAUGUGAACUGUCCUAGCUCCACCAACCCUUACCUGAGGACCAGGCUGAACUAAGUUCUGCCAUGGACAUCAGUAUUCCCGUUACUUCACCAACGGAUGGCAUGGGAGAGCCGAUCUUCGCUUUGCAAUCAUAUGAAACCCCAAAUCCAACACAACUUAACAUGCUCGGUGUUGAAGAGUUUCAAAUAAAUCUUUCCUUAAUAUGAAA